AUGUCAUCAUCCACCAUUGCACCAUCCACAUCUUCGCCUCCCUCGUUGUAUUGGUGUUACAACUGCACUCAAUUUGUUACCUUUUUGUCCACCAACGACUUGGGAAUUUAUUGUUCACAUUGCGGUAACGAAUUCAUCGAGCAAAUCCAGUCAAAUGCCCAAGUUGAGAGCCCGUACCGUAUAAUAAACUUGUUGGGUAACAAUGUUGCCUUGAACUCACAUGGGGGAAGAAGAAAUUCUAAUCGAUUCCCCAACUUAAGGUUUCGCCGAACGCAUCCUAAUGUAGGGGAUCGAUUCUCGUAUAACCCUAUCGUGGUGUUACGUGGUGCUAUCAUAGAAGGCAGGAGCACGUAUGAGCUCUACUAUGAUGAUGGGACUGGGUCGGGCCUUAGACCAGUGCCCACCUCCAUAUCUGAGUUCUUGAUGAUAUCUGGCUUUCAGUUGUUGUUGAAUCAUUUGGACCAGAAUGAGAUAAGUAGCUUUGGCCGGAUUGGGAACCUACCUGCUUCAAAGGUAGUAGUUGAAAUGCUUCCAACCGUGGAGAUCGACCAGAAAGUCGUGCUCUCCGAAUCAAAUUGCGCCAUAUGCAAAGAGCCAUUUGAGAUUGGUUUCGGAGCUCGAGAAAUGCCUUGCAAACAUAUAUACCACUCUGAUUGCAUCCUCCCAUGGCUUGCAAUUCGUAAUUCUUGCCCGGUGUGCAGACAUGAGUUGCCGAGAGAUCAACAAGAAGGUGAGAAUGUAGAAGAGACACCACCCAUAGAGGAGAUUGUUGGGCUAACGAUAUGGAGGCUUCCAGGAGGAGGGUUUGCAGUGGGGAGAUUCAGAGGUAGAAUGAGGGUAAGUGAGAGGAAUUCCCCAAGAGUGCUUACAGAGAUGGACGAAGGAUUCAAUGGUGGUAGAGGAGGUGGAAGAAGUGGAGUUCCAAGAAGGGUUUCAUGGAUUACCAGAACCAAUCGAGGUAGGGGGAAUAGUGGUGGAUUGAGAAGAAUUGUCCGUGGAUUUUUGUCCUUAUUGCGAUUUAGGUCUUCUUCUUCAUCUUCAAAUAUGCGGGGCGAAUCAGUUUCUUUUGGAUCAUUUAAUAGGAGCUCAUCAACACGUUCGAGUUCAAGUCUGGGAGCACAUAUGAGAAGGAGGGGUAGAGGUAUCGAUUUGGAAGCUGAGACCAAUGUGGACAGAUAG